AUGUCAGAAGAAACUAAUGAAGAUCAUGGCCAAGUUGCAUUAAAAAUAGGAUUGAUAGGAGAUUCUCAAAUAGGAAAGACGUCACUAAUGGUCAAAUAUGUAGAAGGAUCAUUUGAUGAAGAUUAUAUUCAAACAUUGGGAGUUAAUUUCAUGGAUAAGAAAAUCAAUAUAAGAAGUACAACAGUAACAUUUUCAAUUUGGGAUUUAGGAGGACAAAAAGAAUUUAUAAAUAUGUUACCAUUAGUAUCAAAUGAUGCAGUAGCAAUAUUGUUUAUGUUUGACCUAACAAGAAAAUCAACAUUAAAUUCAAUCAAAGAAUGGUAUAGACAAGUUAGAGGUUUUAAUAAAACUGCUAUACCAUUCUUAAUUGGAACUAAAUAUGAUCAAUUUAUAGAUCUUUCAUUUCAAGAUCAAGUGGAAAUAACACAACAAGCUAAAAGAUUCGGAGCUGCCAUGCGAUCACCUGUCAUAUUCUGUUCAACUAGUCAUUCAAUUAAUAUUCAAAAGAUAUUUAAAGUCAUAUUGUCUAAAGCAUUUGAUUUAAAGUUGAAUAUUGAAGAAAUUGUCAAUGUUGGUGAACCAAUUUUAAUAUAUCGAUAG